UCCCGUUUGUGUCAACCUUUGUGGCGUCUCAGGCCCUCAGGGUGGCAGAACGGGGAGAGCUUUGGUACCCGUGGUUUCUAUGGAUGAAGUAGCUAGACGGAGUAGAUCGGCGGACAGCAAUACAGACAGACAUGGGAACGAGGAGAUGAAUGCCAUGAUGAGAGAGUAUUUCGUGGAAUUGGCAAGAGAAAAGAGAGAGAGAAGGAAGAGAGAGGAAUUGGAGGAGAAGAGUAGGAAAGAAGCUGAAGCAAGGGAGGCAAAAGAACGUAGGAGAAUGCAAUGUGGAGAGGAGAGGCAGCGGCGAGAGGCUGAUCGAGAUGCGCGGCUGUUACGGAUUAUCAAAGGGGAGUUGAUGAAAGAACCUUGCGCCGGGAACUCAGGGCCUGUUGUGCGUGAAAAACAGAAAGCGAAGCUAAAUGGGUAUAGAGAAACUGUCGAGGAAGAGAAAGAACGAUUGCGAAGAAUGAUCGUGAAGCAAGAAGAGGAGGAGGUGGAGACGGAAGACGACGAACUCCGAUUGUUGCGGCUUCGGGCCUCUAAACUGGAGCUUAAAGAAAAACGGAAGCGUGGGCCGGAGGUGUCGAUCGGCAACAGCUCUCCGAUGACGACUCCAGGAAAAAGGUCUCAUGUUAAACUGACGGAUGAAGCGAAGUGCGCAAUUGAGGAGUUGAAGAGGGCUUCUACAGAGGAGGGGGGAACAUCUCUUAUCCCCCGUAGGAUUGAUCUGUCGUUGAAGCACAUUUCUGCGGCAUGUGGAGUUAGGGGAAAAAAAAACUCCGUAGAGGAGUGCAAAGAGUUCUUUGACGCUUUGACGGUCGAGGAAAUCAAGGAGAUUUGCCGAAAGGAGAGGGUUCCGUACGGCAAUCGGGAUGCAGCGAUCAAACGAUUGGUGAUUCGGAAGUCCGCUGUGGCCUAUGACCCGGCGUUCCUUCCGUUUCCACCAACCCCGACGAUGAAAACUAGAAGCAAGUGUGCGACCGCCGAAGUGAAGGAAGAGACUGCUGUAUAUCCGGACAGUACUAGCUCCGAUUCCGAUGAGUCAACCGAGUGAGGACUGUGGGACAACGGUUUCUACUCGAAAGAAGCACGGGCUUGUUGUGAACUUCGUU